UUUCUCAUUUAUAUACCUAAAAAUAAAAUAUAUAUUCUCUCUUUCUCUUCCAUCAAGCAAAGCUCUUCAAAAAGAAUCAAUUUUUUUCAAAAGAGAGAAUCAAAAUUUUGCUUUUUUUCUUGGUAAUUGUGUCUUUCUCUAGAUCUGUUCACUGAGAGAGAGAGAGAUAAAAAAUGGGUUUUUAUGAGGGAGCCUCAGUUCAUCCAAAAACCCCAGAAACUACAAGCUCAGUGAACAUACCAAUUCUCACUUCUUCAUCAUCAUCAUCAGAUCUUGAUGGAGACAACAAUGACAAGAAAGGAAUCAAAACCCGUUUGAAAAAUAUGAUCUUUGAUUUGGGUUUAGCUUGUUUCCUUCCUCCUGUAACUGGAUCAACCUCAACCGAAAACUCCGGCAGCAACAAAAAUGGAGGCGGAGGAGAGAACAACAAGGCUUGGCUUUUAGCGGAAACAGCACCGGAGAAUAUGAAUCCUGAUCCACACUCAGUUCACUCGUCGUUUAGAUUCAGUCUUUGUUCACAGAUUGAGCUUGAGAAGCUGAAAGGUGAAGCGCCCUCUCUGUCUGCUUCGUCUUCUUGUCGGAAUCUGUCUGUCUCCGGUGGUUCCACGACUGUUCUGAUGGUGAAUUUGGAGAAUGGUGUUACGGAGACUACUGGGAAUGCUACUGAUGAUUUGAGGUGGACGAGAGCUAGGUCGCUUGAGAAGAGUAUCUCUCCGGUCGCUAAUACUCUGGUUCGGUUUAGCUACGGUGAAAUCGUUGCAGCUACUCGUAAUUUCUCUAAAGGGAGAGUGUUGGGAAGAGGAGCUUGUAGCUAUGUGUUUAGAGGCAAAAUCGGAAUUUGGGGAACGGCUGUAGCAAUCAAGAGACUUGAUAAGGAAGACAAAGAGUCUCCUAAGUCUUUUUGCAGAGAGUUGAUGAUUGCAAGUUCUCUUCAUAGCUCCAACAUUGUGCCUCUUCUUGGAUUCUGUAUAGAUCCUGAAGAAGGUCUAUUCUUGGUUUACAAGUAUGUCUCUGGUGGUAGCCUCGAACACUAUUUACACGAUAAGAAGAAGAAGAAAGGGAUUAAAGCCGCUUUUGGUUUACCUUGGUCAGCAAGGUACAAGGUCGCGUUAGGUAUCGCUGAUGCCAUUGCUUAUUUGCAUAAUGGAACAGAGCAAUGUGUUGUUCACAGAGAUAUCAAACCUUCCAAUAUUCUUCUUUCCUCAAAGAAAAUACCAAAGUUGUGUGAUUUCGGGUUAGCUACUUGGACAGCUGCACCUUCUGUUCCUUUUCUCUGCAAAACCGUGAAAGGCACAUUCGGCUAUCUGGCUCCUGAGUAUUUCCAGCAUGGUAAGAUAUCUGACAAGACCGAUGUUUACGCCUUUGGAGUUGUCUUGCUUGAGCUAAUAACUGGUCGGAAACCAAUCGAAGCCAGGAGAACAUCUGGUCAAGAAAACUUGGUUGUUUGGGCAAAACCGUUGUUGCAAAGAGGGAUAGAAGCCAUUGAGGAGCUGCUUGAUCCAAGACUAAAAUGUACAAGAAAAAACUCGGUUGAGAUGGAGCGGAUGAUCCGUGCUGCAGCGGCGUGUGUGAUCAAUGAGGAGUCCCGAAGACCUGGUAUGGAAGAGAUUGUCUCAAUCUUGAAAGGUGAAGAAGGAUUAGAACCAAUAACACAUUCAAGCGGGAAAAAUACAAAUAUUGCGGGUAUGAUUGACACUUAUACACAGCUGCAACAGACCAAAUCCGAGAUGAAAUGUCAUCUUGAUCUUGCGAUGCUCGGAGUAACAGAGCUUGAAGAUGAUGAUCAUGUGUACGGCCGAUGAAAAUAUAUCAAAGAGAUGGAUUUAAAGUGUGUAAAUAGGGUAUUUAUGAAAAGUUUGAAACAGAGUUGUUAGUUUCUGAAUCAGUGAUUUGUGCUGUGUGUACAUUUGGUUUCGUUUUUUUUUGUUUGUUUCCAACUGUGGAGAAAACCGGUUUAGGUUUUUAUUUUUCCGGUUUGGUUAUGGUGACAAAACCGAUUCUCCGGUUUUCGUUUUCCGUUUUCAAUACUUUUGAGUUUUUUUUUU